AUGGAGAGGAAUGGGGAGGGAUCCAGUGGCCACAGCGAUGGACUGGUAAGAUGCGCUGCGUGGAUCUACCCAAGGACGGAGAAGCAGCACUACUACGGGAGGAAGAGGCAGGAGGGGACGGAGCGGCAGCGGGGGAGUCUGGUGGUGAUGGGGCGGGCGGCGAGUCGCUCCUCGCCGCCCGUCCUGGAGAUCUUCGCCUUCGAUCCGAAGACCACAUCCCUCUCGGCAUCGCCCGUGGUGAGAUUUCUUUCUUUGUUUUCCGCUCUCUCCGAUCGCCUCCGCCGUGGAGCGGUCGGGUCGUUAGGGUUCUUCUCUUAUUGGUGUACAUCCAGGGGGUAUGUGUGAUCGAUGGGAACCCGCUGGGCGUCGCGGUGCACCCCAGUGGAAACGAGCUCGUCUGCUCUACUGCCAACGGCUGCAAGUAGGUUCUGAAGUCCCUCUUUCUCCCUGUCAUUUUUGGAACGUACUGGUGGCAUCUUCACAGUGAGGCCGUGCAUAAUUUACCAUAAACUCAGGAAUGAACAUCUCAUCCUUCAGUGGAUGAUUUAGCUCCGUCCAGCUCACAUUUGUGAUUUCCCAAGACGUAAAAAGGUUGUUUAACAUAUGGAUGACAUUGUUGUUCAGUCGAUUUCUCUCAUUUAAGAAAUGUGUAUUCCUCUGGAGAGUUGAUUCGUGAAAUAUGAUGAGAACCAAUGGCUCAAAUCAUUAAGGGUUGCAGAGAUCCUACACAUAUUCUAGCUUUAUUCCCAUUGAUUUUAUUUUCUCUUUUCUUUAUGUAUAUAAAAUUUUCAAAUCAAUUUUCUAAAGUGAAUUUAAUUUUUUUGAUAAAGAAUGUUUUGCAACCUAAAGAAAAAGUAUCGUUCAGUAGAGUUUUAGAAAGACUAAGAUCACUAGGAAAAAUCUUACACUCCCUAAGUUUGCCCCGUUUUUUUUUUUUUUUUUUUUUUUUUGUAAAUCUAAGCGGUGCUAUCAUUGUAUAGAAGAAAAAUGUCAAAUUUUGACAUAAAAUACACAAGAUCAGAUCUGAAGAAAUGUACCAGCUAAAGAUACAAACCUAGGAUUGAAAAGGCAGUGGAGAAGGAUGCUCCUGGCCAACAGCUUAUAACUUUACAUCAUGUUUUCAUAAUUAUGAUCUUCUAUUAUGAUGUUUGCAACAGAACACGAACCAAUCUCCUUGCCUGGCGCACUGUGAUGAUUCUCUCUUGUUCCAUAUCAGACGGGAUAAACCUCAUUUUUCUGGAUAGUACUAGAACAGGCUUAGUCUUUACAUUAUGUCAUGGAGGUCAGGAAUAGAUGUGUUGAUGGUACAUUUAUAAAUUACACUUAUGGGUUAUAUUAGUUUUAAAAUAUUUCCAGCUAAAAUCAUUUUAAUCCCUCUUGUUAUGCCCAGAGAAGGUUAGCAAGAGACUAAUCUUUCACUCCACAGAUCAUUUGAGCUUCAGGGCCACGAUUCCAAUGUAAAGCUGGUGCCCAAGGAACUGAACCCCCUUCAGGCCGCUGGUCCUCAAAAGUGUUUGGCAUUUAGCACCGACGGUUCAAAAUUUGCUUCUGGUGGAGAGGUAAAAAUGGGUUUUUAUGAGAUGAAUUUUCUCUUUCCUGAGGUAGAUAGUGGCCAAUUGGUCUCUCGAGGUAACCUUCAAAAGCAGUUUUUAAAGGUCACUGCUGGAUAAAGAUAAAAUUUCUAUAUUUGAUGAAUAAAUCUGCAUGGACAAUUUUUUUUUCAUGAAGACCCAAUUCAGCUAUGAAUUCAUAAUGUUUUUACGACAAAAAAUAAUAUUCUCUCUCUAUGUAAAUUUUUUAGGAUGGACAUCUUAGGAUUUUUGACUGGCCAAGUUUUCGUAUCAUUCUGGAUGAACCAAAAGCUCAUAAAUCCUUCAGGGAUAUGGAUAUCAGGUGAGACACUGCUAUCUUAUUCAAAAUAUUCUGCUUAUUCAAAAUAUUAUGCAGUGAAAAAGUUUCUGUUGAUUGGGGUUGUAUUGGUUCAACAUUUGCUUUUCAUUUACUGGUUUGACAAUGCAAAAAAUAAUGCAUGGUGGUUCAAGAUUUAAAUAGUAAUGAAUGUUUCAAUAUCUGAAAUUCACUUAUUUGGUAGGAGAGACUUUUAUCUUCAUGGCUUGUUUCGAAUUAUCAUGUUUCACACCUGAUAUUCUGACACAACCAUGCUAAGUUAGUGUAUUAAUAUAAAAACUUAAUGAAACAAAUAAUCACUAUGAUAAUCUGAAAAUAGAGAAAAUAAAUAAAUUAGGAACAAGUUCAAAAUCCGUGUCACAUGAGCCAUGCAGUCCAUGUUGCAAAGAAUGUUGAAUUAAUGUAGCUAGUUUUUGAAUUAGUAUGGUUUAAUUUUACAAGCAUCAGUGAAAUUAAACACAUGACUUUCUGCGAGUGCUUGAAAUUUGGUAAAUUACAAACCUCACAUCUUUGUCAUCUUUCUAAAGAGGUUGUUGAUACCCCCACCAAUAUUAUCUAUUUUCCUAAGGGAUUUGCAACUAACAUCUAUUCUCAUAAUUUACUUCUCGUUUUCGUUGGAUGUAUAUGUUGGUUUACUUUCACUUCAUAUUUCAGCUUAGAUUCCGAGUUUUUGUCAUCCACAUCUGUUGAUGGUACAGCACGAAUAUGGAAGAUCAGUGAUGGUGUUCCGCCAACAACUUUAACCCGUGACUCGGUAAACAUCUUGUUCAAGUGCGAUUAUUGACUCUAUUAUGAUUCUGUACAAUGACUUGUACCUUCUUUUUACACACUUUUAUCCAUAACAGGAUGAGAAGUUCGAAUGCUGUCGUUUUUCCAGGGAUGGGAGCAAGCCAUUCCUUUUUUGCACUGUUCAGAAAGGUUUUGACUUUUUUUUUUUCAAUAUGAAAUAGUUGUCUGAAUUUUCUUUUCAAAGAAUAUUUAUCUGAUUCUAUCUCAUGCAAAAUUUAAAAUAGGUAAUAAAGUGGUCACUACCGUUUGGGACAUUAGCACGUGGAAAAAAAUUGGAUUCAAGAGGCUGCUUGGAAAGCCUAUUUCCACCCUUUCGAUUAGCCUGGAUGGAAAGUAUCUUGCAUUGUAAGUACUCAAACUAUUCAAAUGCAGAUCUCCGUAAAAUUUUCCUCCUUAUGGGCCAUGCGAAAUAAUUAUUUCAUUUGCUAGUUUGUGACUUCUAUGCAUCUGUUUUGUCUUGGAGAUCAUAUAUAUAUUUUUUAGGUUGAAAAAUAUCCUUUUAUGUUUUAUUGAAUAAUUUUCAAUUUUAAAGAAAAGAUGGUGGAUUGCCUUAUUGAAGAAAGAGAGCAUCAAGAUUCUCAUCAAACAUCAAGAUUUUUGUGAGGGUUUCAAGAUUUGACAGGCUCUACCAAUCAUCAUAAAAUAUUCCAUCUUCAAUAGUAAUAAAAUAGGUUUUUUUCUUUCUUGAGAAUUUCUAUUUCAGGAAAAUUAGCCAUGAUGACUUCUUAGGUGUUUACCCUUGUGUGUCCGGUAUGAAUACCCAAGUCUUACUGAUGUUCUAGCGGUCCAUCCCUAUAUUUUGUUCUGAGUUGACUUUGGCUCAUAGUGUUGACCUCUGUGCAUUGGGUUCUUUGCUUCGUCAAGAAGUCACAAUCCCCUACUCGUUUGAAAUGGCAAAAACUCCUACACAUCCUCCAUCACGAUUUACUCCGAGUGUCAGCCCGUACUUCUUGUCAAUUUAUUUAUUUACCUUAUUUUAUACUAUAAUUAUAAAUAUUUGGCAUAUUAAAUUGAUUUAAUGAGACAACUAGAUUAUAUUUUUUAUUAAACAUCUUCCCUUUUAAUGAAAGGCUGAUUUUUCUAAUAGUAUCCACUAAACGUGAGUGUCACGGCUAAGAGGUCCAAGGCAUCAUCUAACAGUGGUAAGAUGAUGCCUUACUACUGUUAUCAGUAUUGCAAUACUUCAGUGAAAAUACUACUUGUGAUACUUUUAUUUUAUUACUAUUUUUACUUUAAUUCAGCGAGAAUUUCGUAUUUUAGGCAUAUUUUCCGACUUUCACAUCAUUAGCAUAAGAUUUUUCUUUGUUUUCUCUGAAAUUUUGUGCAGUAAUAUUGAUUGAAUAAACUACAGAACUGAAGUAGAUAUUAUUUUUAUGAUUCAAGAGCUGAUGUGUUAUUGAAUCUAAUGCAACAUUUUUAGCAUUAUGAUUACAGGGUAGUUACUGAUCAUAAAUAAUUUAUUGAAUUUUUAGUGAUUAUAAAUCUUUUUAAACAUAAAUACGAGAAUUUUCUCUGUUGUUAUUUUUUUUUCCCGGUUCAUGGUAUUUUCUCAUGAAAAAUAUUCUCUGGAGUAUGAACUGUUGUUGACUAGUAUUUGAUGCAGGGGUAGCAAUGAUGGGGAUAUAUGUGUGGUUGAGGUGAGCAGGAUGGCCGUCUGCCAUUGGAGCAAGAAGCUCCAUCUCGGUUCUCGCAUCUCAGUUAUUGACUUUUGUCCAACGGAAAGGUUGACUUUUUAUCAGAAGCGUGCCUCCUCCAUUUAUAAAUGAAUUAGUACGGCUUGCGGCUCUCCUUUUUCCUCCUCUCAACAAAGAACGACCCGCUCUCAUGCUUCUCUCUCUGUGUUCCGUGAUUCUUCACCUGUUCUUGGCAAUACAUGAGAGAAGAAGGCUAAUUGCUUGAUGAUCUCUCUCUCUCUCUCUAUUUCACUCUCAUUUCAGCUCUUCUCCCUUCCAAUCUAAUUCCCAAUUGGGCACAGUCAGCCAUUUCUGUAUCCAUUCUAGCUUGCCACAAUCAUUAUUGGUCCUGUAUCCUGUUCACUGGUUCCGCUGUUCAUACUCGUGCUCUCCUUCGUGCAGGGUUUUUCUUUCCAAUUCAAAUCAAUGGGGCGCAGCUGUUACGAAGAUGAACGUGCCAGCUGAUUGGAAAGGUCUCUCUCUCUCUCUCUCUCUCUCUCUCUCUCUCUCUCUCUCUCUCUCUCUCUCUCUCUCUCUCUCUCCCUCUCUCUCCUCUCUCUCUCUCUCUCCCUCUCUCUCUCUCUCCCCCUCUCUUCCUCUCUCUCUUCCUCUCUCUCUCUCUCCCCCUCUCUCUCUCUCUCCCCCUCUCUUCCUCUCUCUCUUCCUCUCUCUCUCUUUCUCUCCCUCUCUUCCUCUCUCUCCCCCUCUCUUCCUCUCUCUCUUCCUCUCUCUCUCUCUCCCUCUCUUCCUUUCUCUCUUCCUCUCUCUCCCUCUCUUCCUUUCUCUCUUCCUCUCUCUCUCCCUCUCUUCCUUUCUCUCUUCCUCUCUCUCUCCCUCUCUUCCUUUCUCUCUUCCUCCCCCCUCUCUCUCUCUCCCUCUCUCUCUCUCUCUCUCUCUCCUCUCUCUCUCCUCUCUCUCUCCCUCUCUCUCCUUCUCUCUCUCUCUCCUCCUCUCUUCCUCUUUCUCUCUCUCUCUCUCUCUCUCCCUCUCUCUCCCCUCUCUUCCUCUCUCUCUCUCUCCCCCUCUCUUCCUCUCUCUCUCUCUCUCCCCUCUCUUCCUCUCUCUCUCCCCUCUCUUCCUCUCUCUCUCUCUCCCCUCUCUUCCUCUCUCUCUCUCCCCCCUCUCUUCUCUCUCUCUCUCUCCCCCUCUCUUCCUCUCUCUCUCCCUCUCUUCCCCUCUCUCUCUCUCUCUUUCUCUUCCUCUCUCCCUCUCUUCCCUCUCUCUCUCUCUCUCUCUCUCUCUCUCUCUCUCUCUCUCUCUCUCUCUCUCUCUCUCUCUCUCUCUCUCUCUCUCUCUCUCUCUCCCCCCCCCCUCUCUCUGUCUUCUUCUCUCACUACCUUCUAUAUGCAGAGUGGCAGGUGUACUUGGUGUUGCUGGGGCUGUUCCUCGUUUCACUCGUUGCAUUCUACAUACUGCACCAGCACUCCGACUCGUUCUGGAAUGUGCCCACCGGAAGAGUUGACCAAACUGCUAAACCAUCGCUGACCCAGACCAUCGUCAGCGACCUCGAGGCCUCCGAUGACCAGAGUGCCUGGUGA